AUGUUUUCUAAUCAAGUUUCUGCGAUCUCUCAUUCACAAUCCGAUCAGCCUAAUCCACCACAAACAACUAAUAGCCAAUCAGAAACACGCUGUGAAUACUGUCGACGAAAAUGGAAGAAGAUUCUUUUGACGAGCCUAACAACAGUAUUAAUGAUGACCAUAGGCGUUAUCGUUCCAAUAAUUAUGGCAAAGAAACAUUCAGAUCUAUUGGUUACUGUAGCAAGACGGACAACAACAACAAGUGUUACGACAACAACUGCUACGACGACAACAACAACAAGCGUUACGACAACAACUGCUACGACGACAACAACAACAAGCGUUACGGCAACAACUGCUACGACGACAACAACAACAACUGCUACGACGACAACCACUACAACCAUGUUCACUAAAGGAUGGACAACGGCAGCAGAGCUAAACAUCAAUCGGAAUUGGCACACUGCAACUGUAUUGCAAAAUGGAAAGGUAUUGGUCACUGGUGGAUACAGUGAGAAAAGAAUUCUUCGUGAAUGUGAACUAUAUGAUCCAUCAAGAAAUCAAUGGACACUCGUUGCAAACAUGUCUGUCGCAAGGGAAUAUCACACCGCAUCUUUAUUGGCUAAUGGCUUAGUCCUAGUGACUGGUGGUAAAAAUUCUGAUGGAUUUCUCUCGACUGCUGAACUGUACAAUGCAUCAGAGUGGAAAAGUGCUCGUUGUAGGUGGCUGGGAAAAAAAAGAGGGUUUCUGGAUAUUGCUGAACUAUACGAUCCUGAGACAGGUGUUUGGACAGCUACUCAAAACAUGAACUGCAGUCAUGCAUAUCAUCAAGCAACGUUGUUAACAAAUGGAACAGUACUAAUCACUGGUGGACUCGGUUUCUGCUCCAGAGGUACGUCCGAAAAGACGAGUGAGCUGUAUGAUCCGAUAGUAGAUGGGUGGAUCAGAACAAAUGACAUGAACUUUGAUCGCAUUGAUCCUACAGCAAUUGUGUUGCACGAUGGAAAAGUGCUGGUAACUGGUGGACGUGGUGUAGUCGGAGAGACGCGGAACUCUGCUGAAUUGUUCAACCCAUUGACGAAUCAAUGGACCACAAUACGUAGUAUGAACACUCCACGCUGUGGUCAUUCAGCAACUUUGUUACCAAGUGGAAAAGUCUUAGUCGUUGGCGGACAGCCCGAAUACUCUUUAGACAGUGCUGAACUAUACGAUCCAUUUACCGGCGCUUGGACAGCUACUGGUAACAUGAAAUAUCAUCGCUCUUAUCAUACAGCGUCUUUACUGACUAGUGGAGAAGUCUUGGUUGUUGGCGGAUCUAUCAGUUCUAGUGAUGGAAUCACAGAAAUAUACUAG